AUGCUGGUGUCGUGGUUGCUUUUAUUGGCAGCAGCAGCCUCUUGGUCCUAUGCAUACAAACCACUUUCAACACAAUCACUAUCCGGCAUUGCAGACAGCAAGCAUCGCGCAUUAGAGUUGGCCGAUCCACUCAUGAUACCACGCGUAUCAGGCACACCUGGCAAUCAGCAAGUGCGCGACACUAUUGUACAGCAUUUCCGUAAUCUCGGUUGGCAUGUUGCUCUCGAUGAGUUCAUUGCAGCUACACCCAUUGGCGAUACUACGUUUGCGAAUAUCGUAGCGACACAGAAUCCUGAAGCCCAAAGGAGACUUGUGCUUGCAGCUCACUAUGACUCCAAAGCUACGCCCGAAGGAUUUAUUGGUGCGACUGAUAGCGCCGUGCCAUGUGGGAUGCUGAUGGAUGUUGCCGAAUCAUUGCCUUUCAAGACUACAAAACUUGACAAUACCACCCUACAACUCGUGUUUUUUGAUGGCGAGGAAGCUUUUGUGAAAUGGAAUGAGUAUGAUUCUAUCUAUGGUGCAAAGCAUUUGGGACAAGUUUGGGCUGAAUCAGGUGAUCUCGAACGCAUGGAUGUGAUGGUGCUAUUGGAUUUGAUGGGCGCUCCCAAUCCUACUUUUCCCAAUUAUUAUCCAUCGACUGAUUGGCUCUUUCACAAGCUUGUCGACAUUGAAAAGCGACUCUACAAGGCCAACAACAUGUUUGAUUUGUCGUCACCCCUGACAUACCGUGGAUAUCUCAUGCAGGACGACCAUUUGCCUUUUUUACAUCGUGGAGCUGAUAUCCUUCAUCUCAUCCCUUAUCCUUUCCCUGAAGUAUGGCACACAAUGGGUGAUAACGCUGAAGCCAUUGACCCGAAGACCGUUGAACGAUUGACUGUUGUCAUGAAAGCAUUUGUUGCCGAAUACCUAGAGAUCACCUUACCCACUCAGCAUACUGAAUUAUGA